AUGAGUGUUAUUUUAACCAGAAGCAUUCUUUCAAUCAUGGGCAAUAAAACAUCUCAAUAUGCAACGUAUAAAUUUGAUCGUGAUCAGCUGUUUUAUUGGUGCGGUGAGGUUGUAUCUGGCACCGCUUAUGUGUCUUCGGCUAGUGUAGACGAGUAUAAAAUAAAGCCAGAGAAAAUGUACGUGGAAUUAAUUGGUGAAAUUGGUUACACAGGUACAUCAACCACAACGGACAGUGAGGGAAAUACUCACCACCAGACUGAAUAUUAUAGUGAACCGUUCUAUGUGCAGACUAUUACCUAUACCAAUGGUGUAAAGGAAGACGGUGAUGGCCAAUUUAUUUAUCCAUUUCAGCUUCCUUUAGCUCAUCAUCUGCCGCCAUCGGUCGGACAACCAACAUUGUACCCGCAUGUUCGAUAUUCAGUCUCAGUCAGUUUAAACAGCAAGAAAUGGUUCAAAGCGGAUAAAAAACAACCAUUCUACAUCACAGUGCUUCCUCGUGUGCCCGUUCCAAGCGUUUUUAGUUUGCCAACAAUAUAUGGAAAUCAGAAUCGAAAACAGGUCUCACUGAAAGGUACAAUGCCAAAACUGAACUAUAUUCUUCUGGAGACCAUUACGUCUUCAUUUGAAAUUGUAAAUCCAAAUCGUGUCUUGAUCAAACAAAUUGCUGUGUCGCUCAUUGAGCUCGAUCGAAUCUCUGGCGAAAAUCGAACAAAUUGCGUGGUCGAAAUUAUUUCAUCAGCAACCAUGAACAAGAAUAAUGAAAAAAUAAAUGAUACAUUCUCGAUUCAAAUACCGGCGUCUUAUGAAAUGGUGAAACAUCCGCACACAGGUGGUAAAGAUCAACUGUAUUUAGCACCAUCGUUCCAGUUUAACGGUGGUAUUCGACGUCCUCUUGACAUUACCGUUCAGUAUCAGUUGAAAAUCGAAGUGAAAUGCGAAGGAUUUCGAAAAGAUUUUGACGUUCAAAUACCGAUUACGAUUGGAACAGAAAUAUGCUAA